AAUUUCGUGUUAUGAUGGCGGAGGACGAAAGCGGUAGUAGUUGUACGGAGCUCGGGGUUUGGUGUGUGAAGUCAGGAGGUUGUGUUCCCUUGUCUUUUUAAAUGAAUUCUAGGCUAAAUGGAUGUACAAGUUAGCUGGUUAGUUAGCUAGUUAAAGUCUUCUUGUCCUUGCUUUGACAUUAAAAUAUUAAGAUUGUGUUGUUUAGCAUCAGCGCCGACAUUAAUAACAACUGAACACUAAAAUUAUCAAAUAACACAAAUAUGAGGCGUUUAAUACUGAGCUUCCUCUGGUGAUGUCACGCCGCUGAGAUCAUGAACUCGGUCACCCCGAGCGCCGCCCAGUACAAGAGGGGUGGAGCUCUUCACAACGACCUCGUCGAUGGGAGGAGACUGCCGCCCGCUUCCUCGGCGCAGGUCCUGGAUGCGAAGGGGCCUUUCAGUAACGGGAUACUCGCUGACGGGGCGGAAGAGCCGGAUGAGGUGGAUAAACUGAAGCUGAAGCUGAGGUCAGCGUGGAACAAUGUCAAAUACGGAUGGUCAGUCAAAAGCAAAACGGUCUUCAACAAAACGUCCCCGCUGACCCUGCUGGGACAGUCCUACUUACUCAACAGCGAAGAGGAAGUGGAGCGUUUCCGGCUGGCGUUCGGCUCGCGAGUGUGGUUCACCUACAGGAAGGAGUUUCCUCAGCUGGACGGGUCUAACCUGACGUCGGACUGCGGCUGGGGCUGCAUGCUGCGAAGCGGACAGAUGCUGCUCGCCCAGGGGCUCAUGCUCCAUAUUCUGCCUCAACACUGGAGAUGGCUGGACUGUCCUCAGCUGGCUGACGUGGAUUUUGAGGUGCUCAGACCUCGGUCGCCGUCUCGGCCGGUCGCUCUUUCCAUCCCCUCCUUCAGCUCGACGUGGAGCACAUCGGGACCUGAGAAACGCGUGCCUUCAACGAGUGAGGUCCUGAAACGAACGGAGUCGAGACAGGAAGCGCAGAGCGAGGGCCUCCACCGCAGGCUUGUGUCGUGGUUCGGGGACGAUCCGGCGGCGCCGUUCGGAGUCCACCAGCUGGUCGAGCUGGGCAAGAAGUCAGGGAAGAAGGCGGGAGAUUGGUACGGGCCCUCGCUCGUCGCACACAUACUGCGAAAAGCAGUGGUCAAAAGCAUGGAGUUGGACGAUCUGGUCGUGUACGUGGCUCAGGACUGCACAGUGUACAAAGGGGAUGUGAUGCAGCUGUGUGAAUGGAGCUCCUCUGACUCCGAGAGCUCCGGCUGGAAGUCUGUCAUCAUCCUGGUCCCGGUGCGACUCGGAGGAGAUUCACUGAACCCGUCCUACACUGAGUGCGUCAAGAAUCUUCUGAAGUUGGACUGCUGUAUCGGGAUCAUCGGUGGGAAACCCAGACACUCGCUCUUUUUCAUCGGCUUUCAUGAUGAGCAGCUGUUGUAUUUAGACCCACACUACUGUCAGCUGGUGGUUGACGUCACACAAGGAAACUUCCCGCUGGAGUCUUUUCACUGUAAUUCUCCCAGGAAGAUGAACUUUAAUCGUAUGGAUCCCAGCUGCACUUUGGGUUUCUACGCUCACACUAAAAAAGACUUCGAGUCUCUGUGCUCCGCCGUUAGCGGGGCUUUAUCUGUGCCUCAAGAGCGCUACCCGAUCUUCACGUUUGUGGAGGGCAGGGGGCAGGACUACAGCCUGGAGGGGUACAGCAGGGGCAGCACAGACCCCAGCGCCCACAUCCUCCCCCCUGACACCAUGAACAGAAACAGCGCUGAGGGCUUUGUGUUGCUGUGAGGACGCGUCAUGUGGAGCACGAUGGAGCGACACGAUACAGUGCACUGCAGUCGUGUGUGUGUGUGUGUGUGUUUGGGGGGGUCUUAGAAAACUGAAUGGGUGCAGUGAGGAUUUUUAUUUUAGACAUGACCUCUCACUACACUUCCACUUUUUCUCUCUGUCAGUCUCCUGUGGUCCCUCUCACCCUCUCCAUCCCAUCAGGAGCUCUUCCAUCACAAAGGGCAUUUUAGAUCUGUUACCAUGGCAACAACUGGUGAUCUUGAAUGCCAGUUACGUGUGGGAAGACACCUCACGAUCCGUAGUUAUGAAAGGUUUAGGCAUCUUUUGUUCAUUUUCCACCCUGUACGAGCAACUAAAAAACCCAGCACCACUAGGAAUAAAGUUUGCCCCCCCAAGAAAUAACAGUGGUGUUGACAUUUUGAAUGUCCUGUUAGGAUGUUUCUAGCACAGAUGAAGAAUCGUUCAAAAGAGAAUCAUGAUUCAAAUGUUCAUGAUUCUAUUUUUUAUUUGAAUGGUGUGAGGAAGGAAAUGCAUUUUAAAGGAAGCUGUAAUGAACCCGGAACGAGAGACAGAUACAGAAUGUACUUGUAAUGAUCCUCUACAAGCGAUUUAAAAACUGCUCCUCCGCCACCUCCUGUUGUCUCACUGAUGGAAACCGCUCCAGAAAUCCAGGAGAUUUACAGUCUGUAAAAUCCUCUAGGGCAGUUGUUGUAAAAUUAACGUUCUUAAAGCAGAGCAGUUUCCUGAAACGGGACCAGAUGGAAAUUCCAAAUGUUUCCCAAAACUCUAAAUGAGCAUGUGUCUGUCUUUCUUUUACAUUUUAAAUUUUUUUUUUAAUCUCUGUCUCUAUGAAAGAAAAUGGGUUUAACUUGGUGUGAUGGUGACAACAAGCUGCUGCUGCUGCUGUCGUCAUUUCCCAGAACUGGAUCUGGUCUUCUCUCUCUCUCUGUCUGUCUCUUUUUGUUUGUCUCUCUCUCUCUUUGCCUGUCUCUCUCUUUUUUUUUUUUUUGUCUCUCUCUCUGUCUCUCUCUGACUCUCUCUUUGUCUCUCUCUCUCUCUCUCUCUCUCUUUGCCUGUCUCUCUCUUUGCCUGUCUCUCUGCCUCUCUCUCUCUCUCUCUCUCUCUCUCUCUCUCUCUCUCUCUCUCUCUCUCUCUCUGCCUGUCUGUUUUUGCCAAAGGAAUUCUGAAGGCAAAAUGCAUGCAUGCAUGCUCUCUCUCUGCCUCUGUCUCUUUUUGUUUGUCUCUCUCUCUGCCUGUCUGUCUGUCUGUCUGUCUCUCUCUCUCUCUCUGUCUAUCUCUCUCUGCCUGUCUGUUUUUUGCUAAAGGAAUUCUGAAGGCAAAACACAUGCAUGCGCUCUCUCUCUCUCUGCCUGUCUGUCUGCCUGUCUCUCUCUGCCUCUCUCUUUGUUUGUCUCUCUCUCUGCCUGUCUAUCUCUCUCUGCCUGUCUGUUUUUUGCCAAAGGAAUUCUGAAGGCAAAACACAUGCAUGCAUGCGCUCUCUCUCUCUGCCUGUCUGUCUGCCUGUCUCUCUCUUUUUUUUGUCUCUCUCUCUGCCUCUGUCUCUUUUUGUUUGUCUCUCUCUCUCUGCCUGUCUAUCUCUCUCUGCCUGUCUGUUUUUUGCCAAAGGAAUUCUGAAGGCAAAACGCAUGCAUGCAUGCUCUCUCUCUCUGCCUGUCUCUCUUUUUGUCUCUCUCUCUCUGCCUCUUUUUGUUUGUCUCUCUCUCUUUGCCUGUCUGUCUGUCUAUCUCUCUCUGCCUGUCUGUUUUUUGCCAAAGGAAUUCUGAAGGCAAAACGCAUGCAUGAAUUCUGUCUCUCUCUCUUUGCCUGUCUGUCUGCCUGUCUCUCUUUUUGUUUGUCUCUCUCUUUUUGUUUGUCUCUCUCUCUUUGCCUGUCUGUCUGCCUGUGUGUCUGUCUCUCUCUUCCUGUCUGUUUUUUGCCAAAGGAAUUCUGAAGGCAAAACACAUGCACUCUCUCUCUCUCUCUCUCUGAUCCUGGUGUGAUUAAUAUCAGAGUUAUUCUGGAUCAGACUCGUUGUCCUCAUAUGAUAAUCCUCUUUUCUAAAUCCUUAAAUCUCGAAUGUAAACAGUGUGACUGUUUGUUCCUGGACAUUCCUCUUCUCUUCUUUUCCAUCGUUUUCAGAUUUUGUUCAUCAUGGGAUCACAGGAUUAUUGUCUGAUGAAAUGAAACACUGGAUUACACGAACACAACACUGGAUUACUUUUUUUAACGUAGGAAGACACAUUCGCUGUCUGUCUGUCUGUCUGUCCUCGAUGUUAUUGAAUGUUGUUAAAUCUGGAAAUGCUACAGUGGAUGUGCUGUUACUGUGGUUUAAUUUAUUAAUUGUUCUUGUUGUUUUUAUUAUAUAACCUGAGAAUAUACCUACUGAAGUGCACCUUUACUGCUCAUCCCUGCUUCUCCAGCUGAUCGAAUUCUUUUUGUUUUAAAACAUUUUAAUUAAUGAUGGCUGAUGUUAAUAUUACAAUAUUUUACUCCUCAUGCAUUUUCUUAAAGAAAUAAGUCACUGAUUGGACAUUAAACUCUAUUUUGAUACCA